AUGUCGACCGUAAAAAUACCAAUCGCAAGCCAAAACAACAACAACUGACUUAAAGGCUGAAAUAGCGCUUGUUCAGAAGUUGUUUACAAUAUGUCAGCCAACUAGCCAAGCAAGAAAAUUUGAACAUCUAAGCAUUCCCCAGAAAACCGUACGAUUAGAGGUGUAUAGCUAGCUAUAAUUACGUUAAAUAAUUAUGCUUCUCGUGCUAUCUGUUCCAUCGGUCAAGGACUCCUAUUACAAAAAACACUUUAAGAAAAUGGUAGAUUUUUAUAUCGCGUAUGCCAAUGCAAUAAUUGGGAAGGAUGAUGUGAUUAUCUUAACUGAUAAGGCAACUAUGCCUUAUAUGGUUGGGCGUGUACCGAAUGAAAUACUUUUAGUGGUUGAACAACACCUUGAUGCUUGGAUACGAGAUUUUAGCCCUGUAUUAUCAAACAAGUCAAUUCAAUUUAAAUAUUAUGGAGGUAUAAAUGCUAAAGAGGCCAAAUUUAUUCAAAAACAGUUCAAUGCUUUUCUAGACAAGUAUGAAAUUGAAUACACCAAAAUUGAUUUAGUCAAUGAUGGUGGUAAUAUAGUUUAUAAUGGAAACAACUGUGUCAUUACAACUGACAAGUUUUUAGAGUUGAAUAAUCUAACAGAAGCAGACGGUGUUAAGGCACUCUCUGAUGUACUUAAAGUUGAGCAUGUUAUUGUUUUGCCAGCCGACGAUGAAAAGCUGGGACACAUUGAUGGUAUGUGUUCAUUUGUAAACGAAAAAACAUUAUUUCUUUUAAAAUAUGAAGAUGAUGAAAAAUUCAGGUCAAAGAUUAAAGUAACUCUUGAGAAAUGUUUGCCAAAAGAUAUUGUGAUCAAGGAGAUAGAGUGUGGUGAGUCAUGUAGUAAAGCGAAAGGUGGUUUUGUCUCAUCAUAUGGCUUGUACGUUAAUUGUGUACCAACAGAACAUUUUAUUUACAUUCCAAUAUUUGGAAAUGCAUUGGAUAACUAUGCAAUGAAGGAAUUUCAACAUUAUGCAAGUGGUAAAGAAUGUGUCUUUGUUGAUGCUCGCAAUGUUUGUGACCUGGGUGGUAGCUUACGUUGCCUCAGUUGGCAGGUCAGUGGGAAAAAUGCUGAGAAAUUAAUUAAUGCAGCAAAAAAUGAGUCAUAAUAAUAAUAUCUUAAACUUAACCAAUAUGUCUCAGUACUGCAGGUACCAUUUUGCAUGACAGACAGACUUAUAUAUGGGUAUUAUAAUAUAGGUAUACAUAUACAUGUAUUUGUACAUACACAGGUAUAUAUAAUAUAUAAUUGAGUUUUGUACAAAAUUUAAUUUAGACAUUUGUAUGUUGUGUUUUAUAUUUAUAUAUCUCAGCAAUUGAUUUAGCACCUUCAAUAAAAAUGUUGGAGAGAUGCCUUCGAAAAAUGGAUUAUUUGUACAUAUUGGCGGAAAAAAAUGUACCAAUAUUGACAAUUUUGGACUGUAAUUGGCAAAUUUAGUUGACAUUAAAUUUUUUUUUUAA